CAGCAACCACACGAUACCACCUGACCACCACACCAGCUGCACACCCACCGAUGGAUGAGGUCAAGACUCGGGCUCGAGCACCCUUGCACUAGAUCGCCGCAUCUCGUCCCACAACCGGGCCAGAGGGGAAGGGAGGGGCCUUGGGGGGUUGUGGAUCGCAGCCCUGCCCUGUCCCUGCCCUGCUCCUCAAAAUCCUCACCAUUCUCGCAGCAUCCUCGGCCCCGCUCAAACCUUGCAAGACUUGUUUUCGACCUGACCGAGCCUGACUACGGAGAGGAGUACGGAGUAGGCAGAGAGGUCUGCACAGUAUCUUGUCCCGUCGCUGUGCUCCGUCGGUCUGCUUGGAGCCUGAGGAUGGGCCGCGGCGAGAUGAGCGUUGAGCUUCUGGACGGGGUUGCUCCCGGCUGUCGUCGCCAGGGAGCAGGGACCAUCACUUGGACGCAGGAGCCGACAGGGACAGGGACCGUACGCUGAUGGGGGGUGGGGUGGUCCUCCAUCAUCCAAGGUCCAAGAGCUCAUGGAGAUGCUUGCGAGCCCGCGAGUGUUGGCCGACCAGCGACGGUGACGGCCAAUAUCUUGCGCAUCGUGUGCUCUGCUCGCCCAUUUGUCCAGCCAUUCAAGGUCCCGACGCCCCUGAUCUUGAUGCAACCUGAGCAUUGGGUUUUGCCAGGCCGGGCCACAAUCAGCUGGAACUGCACCCUACAUCUACCUUGGAUUCCCCUCCUCCUCUCCCGCCGCCUCCAACCGGCGCCAUGAUGACCAGCGACCAUGACCAGCUGUUGGACCGGAUCCUCCCACAUGUGGACCGCGGCGCAAUCACCGCUGCGAAGAACACUAUAACAGACUUUGACUGGGACGACGAGUCCGACAGCGCCGAUUUCGAGGAGCCCUUCUCCGUCACCACCCGCUCCGUCCUGACGCGCACCAACAGCGAGGCAAGCUACGGCGUCUUCAACGGCGGUCUUUCCCCAUCCAGGCCGCUCAGGCACAAGGACUUGGACGGUGGUGCUCUGGACCACAUGGCUGAAACCCGCGACGCCAACGAAACCCAUGGCCAGGCCAACGGCAAUGCCGCCGUGCGGUACCGGGGCGACGCCGACCCGGCAGACCUGCCGCGCAGCAAGCCCGGGUCACGUGCUGGACAUGUCGCCUCGGGGAAGUCUUCCCCGCGCCACACAAGAGACGGGUCAGACACCUUUGGCUCUGUCGACGUGCCCCUGAGGCACUCAUCGCGCCCGGACAGCGGCACUGUGGGCAUCCCGUCGGUUGUGGACAAGCCUUUGCCAGAGCUCAAGGAGCCACGUCCCCAGCACCCGGUCAUUGUUGAGGACGUGGAGCAGACGGCUCAUGACGGGGUCGAGAAUGGCGAUGAUCACGCCCACCGGGCGUCCAACCAGCGGCGGGCAAGGUCGCCCCUCCCGCCGCCGGCGCCCUCGGCGACACCUCCCCCGAUCGCACACAAGCCGACCCAGAACGGUCGGAGGAUUGUGUACGACGAUUUCCCAGACAAUGACGAGGAAGACACGGACGAUGACCAUGGGGCUGGCGGCCCCGAGGACAGCGGUGAAGACGAUGAAGAUGAUUACGAGGACCGUCUGGACCAGCAUACACGAGCAACCCGCGCCCACGAGGCCAGAGGGGGCCCUCCUCUGGCUCACAACAACGCCAGACCGCGUCAGAGGGAUGGUAGGGCCGACAGCGUCGCCAGCAACAACUCACGCGGCUCCCGUGCCGCCCGAUCCAGGACGGCAAACCUCGCCCGUGAUUACAAGGGCUUGAGGACUCCCAUCCUCGACCAUCUCCAGAUGUACCAGGAUGCCGAAACCAAGAAAUCACUUGUCGACAGGACCAUACCUCCCGUCCCCCAGCGCCCCGUGCACCAAAAGACGUAUAGGAGCGUCGACGAUGGCAUGUACAACGACUAUUCCUCGCGCAGCAAUGGCAUCGGGUCGUCUCCUAACGAGGCCGUCUCGGGCGGCCCAAUACGGAGGAGAUACAGCGACGACGAUAUUUCGGUACGAUCGGUCCGCAACUCUAUCUCGGGCAGGACCGCCAAGAGCUCUGCCUCUCAGAGCAUGCCCGACUUCUUCAGCUCCGAGAUCUUCCAGGUGGUCUUGCACAACCCCACGACCGCCUAUCAGCUGCUCAAGUUCAGCGAGAGCCGUCUCUGCUCAGAGAACGUCGAGUUCCUGGCCAAGGUCGACGAGUACCGGACAACUUUGAAUAACCUCGCCAGCCAGAUGGCUUUUAUCCACAAGCAAUUCAUCAGCCCCGGCUCAGCUUUCCAGAUCAAUGUCAAUGGCAGUCUGCUGAAGAGAGCCCACAAGGAGAUGAAGACGCUCAUCUCGAGCGCCUUUCCCUCGAUGGAGACCGUCUUCACCGAGCUACAAGACCAGAUCGAGACCCUAGUCUUCCAGGACGUCUAUCCCCGCUUCGUCAGGCACCAGAUGGCCUUGAGCGCAACACGGGCACUUGCAACCGACAGGUUCAAAUAUCAGGGACUUGGCGAUUGCUUCUGUUUAACGAACCCUAGAAUCGCAGACAACCCCAUCGUUUUUGCCUCUGAUGGCUUCGUCAAGACCACGGGAUAUUCGCGUAGCGAGGUUGUGCCGCGCAACUGUCGCUUCCUGCAAGGGGCUCACACGGAUAGGCAGCCAGUGCAUCGCCUGAAGACUGCGAUCGCCGAGGAAAAGGAGUCAGUGGAACUAUUGCUGAACUACAAGAAGAAUGGCGAUCCUUUUUGGAACUUGCUCUACGUUGCACCACUAUACAAUCAGCGAGGCAAGAUCGAGUUCUUUAUUGGCGGUCAGGUCAACUGCUCCACAACGAUCCACAGCAACGUCGACGUCUUGAAGGUCCUGUCGACCUCCGCUGCAAGCGAGGCCGACGUGGCUGAUGUCAACAAGCCCCUGCCACCCACAAAUGGGCAGCACAACAAGACAUCUGCGCGCAAGACCAUACUCAAAGCCUUAGGUAUGCGCCAAAACGGACACAAUGCGCACAUACCGCAGUUUGACGCUGGCAUGGAAAACGGUGUGUUGGGACGAAUGGAGGGACAGGACCUGAAUUCACAGAUGAAGGAGUUCUACACGGCCUACUCCAAGUUCCUGGUCGUCCGCGCCAACAAUUUCGUGAUCGAGUUCUACUCGGAGGGCAUCGUCGAGAUGCUCAACCCGGCCAACAUGGCCGGCACCAUGGUCGCCGGCACCGAUGUGUUCAGGUUCUUUGGCGUCAACAUGAUGGCCAAACAGUCCGAGUACAAGACCAGGGUUCGCAAUGCCACCCGCGCCGGCAUGCCAAUCAGCACGGAGUUGCGCCUACAGACGCGGCGGUCGGCCAUCUUUAGGGGCGACGAGAAGUUCGUCGCGCACUGGACGCCCUUGAAGGACGAGAAGGCUGCUGUACACUGGGUCGUCGUCACCAUCGCGCCUCUAAUGGUCUAAGAGGCGGGGUGCAGCAGAUAGACCGCCUUUGGUGCACGAUACGGCCUUUUACCGGCCCUGCCUUCGACGCAUUCCGCGAGACGCGCAUGACUCCCGGACACUUUGGGCUUGAAUGCCUGGGUAAACUCUUGUGCGGCCAGUAUUCGCAGCCGCCGUCUCUUCUUCGAGCAGCAAGUGGCCAAGGCCCUUGCGAGAACUUCCCAUUCUGGUUUUAAUGUGGUUAACGACUUAUCUUCUUGUUGCGGAUAUAGGGAACAUAGCAGAUAAUGCGAGAUCUUCAGAGGUAGAGCUGGAUGCUCCGGGGUCAGGGAACAAGGCACCAGGCUCAGACUUGAUACCACAGUGUGUUUCAAUCGACCGCCGUGUCGUCCGCAAAAUCUUUUUCAUGGAAUAGUUAUCGUAUCCGUUUCGUUUGGCUUCACAUUCUCAGACGGGUCCAGGGAAGGAACUACGUAUAUAGCCUACAAAUAAUUGAAUCCAGCCUCUUUGAAGCAGGCAGUCAUGAUAUAC